AUGCCGGCCGCCGUCGCAAAAGAGGACGUAUCGGUGUGGGAAGAGCGCCGUGCUGAAUUGCUGCUGUACAACACGCUGAGCCGCACCAAAGAAGCGUUCACGACGGUGGAGCCUGGCGUGGUGCGCUUCUACUCUUGCGGGCCGACGGUCUAUGAUUACGCCCACAUUGGAAACUUUCGCGCUUUCCUCACAUACGAUGUUAUUAAGAGGUGGCUGCUGUGUAGGGGGUAUGACAUCAAACAUGUCAUGAACCUCACGGAUAUUGAUGAUAAAAUUAUUCGAAAGGUGAGGGAGCUGGGGUGCAGCUUGGACGAGCUUACGAACAAGUAUGCCGAUGCUUUCUUCGCCGACCUCGACCUACUUAACGUCAUUCCAGCGCAGCAGUAUCCGAGAGCAACGGAGCAUAUCAAGGAAAUCGAAGAAACCGUAGGAGGACUCGUUAAACGUGGCUAUGCAUAUGAGCGUGACGGAUCAACGUAUUUCUCAGUCGCCAAAUUUGAGUCUUACGGACGUUUAGCUCAACUAGAAAAACGAGAAAAAGGGUCGCGCACUGCGGCUGCGGAAGCCACUGAGGGCGAGAACAUAGACAGUGACGAUUACGAUAAGGCCGACAUGCGUGAUUUUGCUCUUUGGAAGAGUUACAAAACUAACGAUGCUGGCAUAUUCUGGGAUUCUCCCUUGGGAAAGGGGCGUCCAGGCUGGCAUAUUGAAUGUACAUGCAUGGCCAUCAAGUACCUGGGACCAGAACUUGAUAUUCAUGGAGGCGGUAUUGACCUUGUCUUUCCACACCACGAAAACGAGCUCGCUCAAUCCGAGGCGCUUACGGGACGUCCCUUCUCUCGCUUCUGGGUGCACAAUGGCUUUGUUAACAUCAACAACGAAAAAAUGUCCAAGAGUCUAGGCAAUUUCCAAACACUCCGCGACAUUGCAAAGAAGCCAGAUGACGCAAGGGCCUUUCGAUAUCUUGUCGUCUCCUCGCAGUAUCGAUCUGCCCUUGCGUUCACCGAUCAAUCUCUGAAAUCCGCACGAAGCACUGUGAAACGGCUUGACGCGCUCCGGAAACGACUUGAGAGCGCGGGUGGAGAUGGCGGUGAGGAGGACAUCGCCGAGGUAAUUGCGAAGGCGAAAGAGAAUUUCGCAAGAGGCAUGGAUGAUGACUUCAAUACUCCGCGUGCGGCAGCUGCGAUGUUUUCGGUUGUCAACGCAGCCGAGAAAAUGCUUAAAGCUAAGAAGAUGAACGAGAAAGCAGCUGGCAGCUGUUUGAAAUGUCUUGAUGACAUGGACAGGGUUUUCGGGAUAUUUUACAAUCCCGUGAUACCAGGCACAACUUCGGCUUCGGCAUCAGAGCCGCCAGCUGAGGCGCCACUACAUCUUGUGAAGCUCCUCGACGAAAGAAAAACAGCUCGCAAAGCCAAGGACUUUGCGCGAGCUGACGAAAUUCGCGAUCAGGUUUCCGCGGAGGGUUUUGCAAUCGUCGAUACUCCACAGGGGCCGAAGCUUGAGCCUUUAGAAAGUUAG